CCGUAGCCAGGCGCCAUCUUUGACGCUGGCAGUCUUGGAUUUCUGCUGGUGCUGCUGCUGUGAGGACGGCGGGCGGCAGCGGCUAAGAAAGAAGAAAGACGUGGCAGCAAGCGGGAGUCGGGGACACUGUCGGCGGUUCGGUAAAGUUUCUGUUCUCUGGGUCCCACUACUUGGGAGAUACUCUCAAACUCCACAUACUGAAAGCCACCGACCUAAAUCCGGAUUGAUGAAAUCGUAAUGAAGAACACCCCCUAAAGUCCCAUAAUCGGUGCGGAUUCCUAUGGGGAAGGCCCAUGUUGUUGACAUCUUGCAGGCCUUGGUUCUGGACCUUGAGAAGGAGGCUGUGGAACUAGUGAUAGCGAUGCUUUUUAGGAUUUGGGGAUAUUCCCUGCCCAAAAAUUUCCUGGAAAAUUGACUAGUAUUAAGUGUGAGUAAAAGGUGUCCACUUUUUUUUAAGUUUCGAUUUUAGUUUUGUCUUGGAUAGUAUUUGGCAAGAUUUAGCCUAGAAAUUAUGUAGUAUUUAUUACAUGAGAAUCAAAAUUGCUUUGUUACGGGGCUGGUUUCAAAAUUUAGAACUCAUUUCUAUGUAUCAAAAUCGUUUUUUGUUUUUGUUUUUUGGGUUUUUUGUUUUUUUUUGUUUUUUGGUUUUUUUUAAUUCUUAAAUGGUAAAUGUACCAUUGUGAAAUGAAAUUUCAACUCCAAAAGUUUACCCUUUUACUAACUGGAGUAAUUGAAUAAUUACAAAGUCUUUAGUUGAGCCAUCACUUGUGGGGAAAAGAAAAAAAAAAAGAAACUAGGCUGCAUAAGCAAGCCUUCGCAGGGCCAAUAUUGAAUGUCAUGCCAGUGACACUGGAAGAAAAAGUCUUCCCUUAGAUAGAAGCUUUCUGUAUUUUGACAGCGCCAGUUCAGGAUGGCUAUAAUGCUGCUCUGCCUUCUACAGCUUGCUGCACCACUCUGUAGUUACUCGAUAACUAUACGUUUCUAUCUUUUUUGGUUAAACACUCCCUGAAGAUGAUAAAUAUGAUAAUGAUGUACGUACAUCCGUAUUAUACACAUUGAUUCAUGUGUAAGGCUUUCCCUUCAUGUUUAUUCUGUGGGUUGGGCAAAAUUUAGUGUAACAUACCAAUACACGUCAUGAUACUUUGGUAUAAGAGUAAGUUCACUAUUUUUAUAAUGAACCCAAAUCUGAAGGCUUUUGUAGUGUGUUUUAAAAGGGAAAACUUACCCAGAUGUUUUAUUUCUACACAUUUGUGUAUAUGUGUGUGUGUGUGUAUAAGCCAGUUAGUAUAUAUGUAUAUGUAUAUUAUAUACAUAAAACACUUUAUAUUUUUUCAUACAAGUAUGCUUUUAUUAUACAGAUAAUAAAGAUGGGGGAAGGUUUCUGUUUUUUUCUUAAUAGGUGAAGAAAUCUUGAAGACCAGAAAUUGGAUCUUAUUGAAUUUUGGUGUUCUUUUUCUUUUUUCUUUUUCUUCUUUCUUUUUAAAUUCUAUUGUUCGGCUAUGGAAGAUGGAUUUUUUUUUUUUUUUCCCAAUAAUCCUUUGACUCUGAAGUUCAUCUUUAAAUGAACUCUGUUUUUGUUGGUUUUUAUUUUUGUUUUUGUUUUUGAGGAGAUAACUAAGCCUAGCUGUCUCCAGUCUGACAAAGGUUAUUCGAAUGGACUUAAUCUCCCAGUAGUUGGGAGAUGUUUUAAAAACACACGUCCUGUGUUUGAAUUGUGGCUGAGAGGUUUCCUUGGCAAUGUGAGGAGGAAAAUUCUUUCUGCCCCAUUAUUAUUAAUUCAUGGAUUGAGUGUUGGUUCGACCUACAGGCGUAAUAGAUUGGAACUCAGUGAAGACACAGAGGUUCCUGUUGAGAGCAACCAGCUAAUGAUUGCAUUUUAAAGACGAUUUCUCUGAUUGAGUUGUCUUUUGGAAGACUAAACCCAUUUCAAGAGGACUUGGAGCUGGUCCUCGCCUUGAGGAAGCAGUGGCUUGCUUUCAGGAAGCCAUUUCUGAUAUAAGGAUCUACUCAGCAUGCCUAAUCAAGGAGAAGACUGCUAUUUUUUUUUCUAUUCUACAUGUACCAAAGGUGACAGCUGUCCCUUCCGUCACUGUGAAGCUGCGCUAGGAAAUGAAACUGUUUGCACAUUAUGGCAAGAGGGGCGCUGUUUUCGACAGGUGUGCAGGUUCCGGCACAUGGAGAUUGACAAAAAACGUAGUGAGAUUCCUUGUUACUGGGAAAAUCAGCCAAUGGGAUGUCAGAAACUAAACUGCGCUUUCCAUCACAACAGAGGACGUUAUGUUGAUGGCCUUUUCCUACCUCCAAGCAAAACUGUGUUGCCUACUGUGCCCGAGUCACCUGAAGAGGAAGUGAAGGCCAGCCAGCUCACAGUUCAACAGAACAAAUUGUCUGUCCAGUCUAAUCCCUCCCCUCAGCUGCGAAGUGUUAUGAAAGUAGAAAGUUCAGAAAAUGUUCCUAGCCCCACCCAUCCACCAGUUGUAAUCAAUGCUGCUGAUGAUGACGAAGAUGAUGAUGAUCAGUUUUCCGAGGAAGGUGAUGAAACCAAAACACCCAUCCUGCAACCGCCUCCUGAAGCUCAUAAUGGAUUACGGACAGCCUCUGCCCGGAAACCUGGAGUCAGUUUGAAGCAAGGGGAAUGUUUGAAUUUUGGAAUAAAAACUCUUGAGGAGAUUAAGUCAAAGAAAAUGAAGGAAAAAUCCAAGAAGCAAGGUGAAGGUUCUUCCGGAGUUCCCAGUCUUUUACUCCAACCUCAGCCCAUUCCAGGUCCUGAAAAAGAGAAUGUCCGGACUGUAGUGAGGACAGUAACUCUUUCCAGCAAACAAGGAGAAGAACCCUUGGUAAGAUUGAGCCUCACCGAGAGACUGGGAAAACGAAAAUUUUCAGUAGGGGGUGACAGCGAUCCUCCGUUAAAGCGUAGCCUUGCGCAGAGGUUAGGGAAGAAAGUGGAAGCUACAGAAACGAACACUGACAAAGCACCAAAGAAAGUUCACGUUUCCAAGUCUCUGAAGGAGCGAUUAGGCAUCUCAGCUGCUCCCAACAGUGAGGAGGCAGCAGAGCGAGGCACUAAAGUUGGUGAAAUCCAUGUGAAGACAUUAGAAGAAAUUCUUCUUGAAAAAGCUAGUCAGAAACGUGGAGAAUUGCAACCUAAACUGAAGACCGAAGGACCUUCAAAAGUUGAUGAUGCUACUUUAGGAACAAGAAGCCCCUCCACCAUCAGAAUCAAAACCUUCUCUGAGGUCCUGGCUGAAAAGAAACAUCGGCAGCAGGAAGCAGAGAGACAAAAAAGCAAAAAGGAUGUAACUUGCAUCAAGCUAAAGACAGAUAGUGAAAUUAAAAAAACAGUGGUUUUGCCACCUGUAGUUACCAGCAAAGGACAAUCAGAGGAGCCCACAAGUAGAGCGAAGUCUAUGUGGGAGGUGCACAUCAAGACGCUGGAGGAAAUUAAACAGGAGAAGGCACUGCGGGUACAGCAGAGCUCUGAGAGCAGCACCAGCUCCCAGCCUCAGCCUGAGGCCACCCCAGGGGCAAGGCGGCUUCUCCGAAUCACAAAAAAAACAGGUAUAAAAGAAGAGAAGAAACUACAAGAAGGGAGUGAAGUUGCUUCCCAGAGCGGGCUUAAUAGAACAGAAGCUAAAGAGGUUUCAGAAGAGACCACAGGAGUUGGCAUUACUAAAAUUCAAGUCAAGAGAUGUGAGACCAUGAGAGAGAAGCACAUGCAGAAACAGCUGGAGAGGGGACCCUCACAGAAGGAGAAAUCAGUUCUGACACCUCUCCGGGGAGACGUAGACUCUUGCAAUACUCAGAUAGGAGAGAAGCCGGUGCUCACUCCUGUGCCGGGCCUUACACGGCACCUGGCAAAGCGGCCUUCCACAAAGUCGUCCCCAAAGGCAGAGGUGGAAACCUCAGGCAGUGGGGACUCGAUAUUGAAUGUGAAGUGUGCAGCACAGAGCUUGGAAAAACGGAGUAAAGCUAAACCCAAAGUCAAUGUGAAGCCAUCUGUGGUUAAAGUUGUCUCAUCCCCCAAACUGGCCCCCAAACGCAAGGCAGUGGAGGUGCACCCUGCUGUCAUUGCAGCUGUGAAGCCCCUCAGCUCCGGCAGCGCCCUGCAGGAAAGCCCCACCAAAAAAGCAGCUGUGGCAGUUGUCCCACUCCUUUCGGAGGACAAAUCAGUCACUGUGCCUGAGAUGGAAAAACCUAGAGACAGUCUUGUGUUGCCUCCAACCCAGUCCUCUUCAGAUUCCUCCCCACCAGAAGUAUCUGGCCCUUCUUCUUCUCAGAUGGCCACGAAAACUCGCCGACUCAGUUCCACCUCGACAGGAAAGCCCCCGCUUUCUGUGGAGGAUGAUUUUGAGAAACUAAUAUGGGAGAUUUCAGGAGGGAAAUUAGAAGCUGAGAUCGACUUGGAUCCUGGGAAAGAUGAAGACGACCUUCUGCUUGAGCUGUCAGAGAUGAUUGAUAGCUGAAGGCGGUAGAACAUUUAAAAAAAAAAAAAAAAAA